AAUGGUUAAGGAACAAGAUCGAAUAAGUCAGUUGGCAACGCCAAGAAAUCGGACGUAUUAUUACGCAAAUCAUAAGGAAUCGGUUUAUAUGCCUGAUAGACAACCUUGGCAACCAGGAGGCGGAUUUGCAACAAGCGAACGAUUGGAUAUACUAGCAAAGCCUAAAAGAUAUACACCAAGUACUAGACAAAAUCCUCAAUGGCCAGUCUCUAAUUCUGCAAAAGCUGCCGAACCUUCUGAACGCGUCACUCUUCUAGCUUCACCGAAACCUUUGCAUAGAGAAUAUACGCCAUUAAGACAAUUACCUACGCCAGUUCCCGAAACAGCUCGCAAAGCGACUGCUUCACCACGAAUAUGUGAUAUGAGUAAGCCGAAAAAAAGAUUGCCUGAUACAAUCGAUUACGGACCUUUUGAACAACCUAUUUGGUGCGUAAGUCCAACAGCAAAAGCUGUCAACUCUUCCGAAAGGGUAGCUUAUCUCGCUUCUCCGAAACCAUAUCAAUCCAUUUUCGAUAGAGAUCCACAAACGGAGGUGAGCGAUGCGGCUAAACGAGGUUAUGCAACAGUUAGGGUACAAAAUUUGGCAAAGCAUAAAAGAAAAAUAGACGUAAACGAUGGAUAUGAUUUUUACAUAGUUUCCGCAGCUGCAAGAAGUCACAGAGCUUCCGUAAGACUGGCAGAAUUGGCAAAUCCUAAUCCAAGAAGAAUUAGACAAAAAUACGCAAUAGCUAAAGCUAAUUAG